ACUGUACAUUGAAAUGGGGCCUUUGGCGGGUAACUGCUUACGCGCCAAUUUAUUUAAGAUGGCGAAGAAAGAUGUUGUUUAUAUCCACUCCGAUGAUUUCUUAUUUACUUGCGAGCAUCCUGUGAAAGUCUCUGGACGAGCCUUAAUGGUGCAUAGACUGAUUGAAGCAUACAGGAUUUUGGGCAAACUAAGGGUCAUUACACCACAACCUGCAUGCAUAGAUCAUAUAAGCCUAUUUCACUCCAAGGAAUAUAUCUCCUGUACUAAGAAUAUCCAAGAAAUGCUUGCAGCAGGGAAAUUUAGCCACGAAGAAGGGUUGGCAGAAUUUGAAGAAAAUUUUUCAGGCCUUGAAGACCAUGGCCUAGCCUAUGAUUGUCAGCCAUUUAAGGACAUGUACAGCUACAUAUGCUUUGUGGCAGGUGCUGCUUUGAAAUCUGCUGAAAUCCUGAACAAUAAGGAUGCCAGUACCGUCAUAAACUUUUAUGGGGGCUGGCAUCAUGCACAUAGGGAUUCUGCGGCAGGGUUUUGUUAUGUCAAUGAUAUUGUUCUUGCCAUUUUGAAAUUACGGGAAAAGUAUAAAAGAGUGCUAUACAUUGAUUUGGACAUUCACCAUGGAGAUGGGGUUGAAGAGGCAUUCUUUACAACAGACAAAGUCAUGACUGUCUCUUUGCACAGGUUUGACAAGGGUUACUUUCCAGGGACUGGCAGUGUAGAAGAUGUUGGCUAUGGAAUUGGAAAAUACUACAGUGUAAAUGUCCCUCUGAAGGAAGGCAUUGAUGAUGAACAGUACUACUAUAUAUUUACUAGGGUUAUGCACAAGGUGAAAGAGGUGUUUGACCCUGAUGUCGUUGUGUGCCAGUGUGGCGCUGACUGCUUGUCCGGAGACCCACUUGGUGGUUUCAACCUCACCAACAAAGGCUUGACACAAAGUGUGAAAUACAUAGCCAACUGGAAUUUGCCUCUACUCAUUCUUGGAGGGGGCGGCUACAAUUUCGCAAACACUGCACGGACUUGGGCUUAUCUGACUGCAAGCAUUUUGGAUGAAGAAAUUUGCAGAGACAUUCCGGAGCAUGAGAUGUAUGCAGAGUACUCGCCACUCUUUGACAUCAACAUCACCCCAUCAGUAAGGCGAAGCUGCAACUCAGAAGAGUACAUCGAUGGAAUUAUAGAGUCGGUCUCAGAUAACUUAAGCAAUAUUCCAAAGAGAAAUCCUUUGAAGAUGAUACAGCAUGAACGUAAUGAGGUAAGUUCAGAAAGAGAGGCUAAAGCAAAGACUUCUGGUCUGAAGGUUCUACUCACUACGGGGGCUGCCAAGCGUCAGUGGAGAGGCAAACGUCAAUUUAUCGAUGAAAAUAAACUAUAUAUAGUGGAACAGUGCUCUGGUAAAUCAGAUAAAGACUGCAACAACAGUAAAAUGCCGGCGGGACAGAUUUCUAGUAUCGUAAGCAAUGCCCAUGGCCUGGUUGGCCAAAUGUCAGAAUCAACCGAUGUUAUUACUGUAAAGCGCCAAAAAUAUACUCUUGUUGAUAGUCUUUUUGAGUUUGAUGAAUAUACAUAAAUUUUUCUACGUUAAAAAUAUAGUUAUAACUCAUUACGGAUUGCCCCAAAUGUUUUAAGAUAAAUUUUGCUCUGUUCCAGGAGCAUUUUCGUUUAUGCAGAGCACAUUUUAGGAAACUUGCCGUAGACUAGCUUUUCAUGGAUUCUCAACGAAUAUAGGUCUAGCUUUUCAGGGCUAAUACUUUUCAUCGUGUAAAUAAAUACAACUCAACCGAAGGCUGCUGCAUCCUUGGACUACAGAAUCACCCAACCAUUUUAACAUCAAAAGGCUUUACUUGUUUUAAAGGAGAUUAGGUUUAAAGAAUAAGAACAGAAUUUUCACAAGAAAAUAUGUUUUGCUAAGGAACAUCUCGCUGAUAGCCUUUGUGAAGCUUGUUACCUACAGAAAUAUUUAUUUAUUGCAAAACUUGGCAGGAUAAUAUUUUUCUUGGCAUGGAAUUGUGCUUUCACAAGCGUUAAAAUUAUCGCACAUUUUUUGAAUGCUUUAAGCGAACAAUGGAAAGAAAUGUAAUUCGAUCAAGUAUAGGUCAAGCAGAAAAGCACUUGUUUUCUUUUUGCUGUUCGACAGCCUUUCUUUCAUUUGUAUCAUUCGAAAAUAAAUGAUUUUUAUUAACAUGGUUUAGUUUACUUGCUCCUUUGGCAUAUUGAUAAGUUUGAACAAGUUCCUCUGC